UGAAUAGAAAUAGAACAAAAGAAAAAGAUACAGAAUGUACGGUUCUGUUUUUUUUUAAAUUAAUAAUCAAUUUAAGUCUCCAAGAUGUCAAUACUUUCGUGAUUACUUCCUCUAAUAUCUUCUCCGGCUGUUAGACAUCCGACAGAAACUAUUUAGGCCGACUUCUUCUGAUUUUUUUUUCUGCAUCAACAACUUAAAGCAACUAUAUAUAUGUAUAGUCAUUUUCCAGAGAAACUAUGCAUUUCCUGACGGACAGAGUUCUAAUUUUUUAACUUAGAUUUAAUUGAUUAAAAAAGAAUUAAAAUAUGAUGUCAUUUUGGAAUAUAGACUAUAGAACAGAAGAAUAUAGGUGUGCCUAAAUAUUUGAUAAAAUAACAAAACAAAAAAUGGUUAAAAGAAUACACUUUGUAGUGGACUGAUAUAAGAUUCUGUAUUGGUCAGGCCUUACAGAAAUUGUUUCUGAAUAAUAUUCUUAUCGUUCUUCUCCAAUUUAUCUAUUUUUAAAGAACAUGACUUAACCAUACCUAUACUCUUAUAUAAAACGUGACAUAAAAUAAGUCACAAUAAUCACAAAAAACUGUAGUGAAGCAAUAGAAGCUGUAAUAUUCCAUACAUAGGUUUAGUCAAAAAAUAAAUAAAAUCAAAUAGAAAUAAAAAGCAGGGGAGAACAUAUGGUCUCAAAAAUAAGCAGAUUUAAACUAUUUGUAUGUCAAUAUCCUAGACAGUCAUAUUUAUAAGAUGCUUUUUAGUAAUAUUUUUGGACAUAAUAUUGCGUCGCAGUAGGCCUGUUUCCCACUGAACCAAACGGUCUCAAAUAAAAUAAAACAAUUCCUGUUAAAAAAACACCUUUAUGGGCACUCGGAACCGAAAUAAUGAUAUAAAGACUGUUAAUAUUUUUUAUGAAUUAUUUAAUUCGUAAAUAGAGCGCCUUUCCCGAAAGAUGGAGGCCCGGUUCCCGCCGGGCUGCGGGGCCACCGCAGAGCUCCCUGGACUUUAAACCACGUGAUCACGUGACUAAACAGCAGCAGGUAGUGGUGGGUUCCUCAAAGCAAGAGCCGAUCAAGGUCUCGCGAGAUCCGCCGCGUGCGUGAGGCUGGCCGUGGCUUUGCAGCAGACGGAGGGAGAAGGCAGGCAGCAUCAUGGCGGACAGAGACAGUGGAAGUGAGCAGGGAGGAGCGGCCACGGGCCCGGGCUUCGGCUCCAUGCACCUACCGACGGGGGGGGCGGGCUCGGCUUCCGGGCUCCAACACGAAACGCAGGAGCUGGCCUCUAAGAGGGUUGACAUCCAGAACAAACGCUUCUAUCUGGACGUAAAGCAGAACGCGAAAGGCCGCUUUUUGAAGAUCGCUGAAGUCGGGGCUGGUGGAAACAAGAGCCGCCUCACCCUCUCCAUGUCCGUGGCGGUCGAGUUCCGAGACUAUUUGGGGGACUUCAUCGAGCACUAUGCCCAGCUGGGACCCAGCAACCCGGGGAUGAUACAAGACGAGCCCAGGCGGGCGCUGAAGAGCGAGUUCCUGGUCCGAGAGAAUCGGAAAUACUACAUGGAUCUGAAAGAGAACCAGAGAGGACGGUUCCUGAGGAUUCGGCAGACCGUUAACCGGGGGCCCGGUUUGGGUUCCACGCAGGGCCAGACGAUCGCACUGCCCGCGCAGGGACUUAUUGAGUUCCGCGACGCGUUGGCGAAACUUAUUGACGAUUACGGCGUGGAGGACGAGCCCGCGGAGCUGCCCGAGGGCUCCUCGUUGACUGUGGACAACAAGCGCUUUUUCUUCGACGUCGGCUCCAAUAAGUACGGCGUGUUCAUGAGGGUAAGCGAGGUAAAGCCCACGUACCGCAACUCCAUAACUGUGCCCUACAAAGUGUGGUCCAAAUUUGGGACUACUUUUUGUAAAUACGCGGAGGAGAUGAAGAAGAUCCAGGAGAAGCAGCGGGAGAAACGCGCGUGCGAGCUGCAGCAGCACGAGGAGAUGCAGGCGGACGAUGGAGAUGACGAUUGAUGUACAAACAAACAUGCAAGAGUCAUGACAAAUAACUACAGAAUUAUCAUAAAAGAAAAAUCUACUGUUUAAAGAAAGAAAUCUAGAAGAUUUUAACUGUUAUGGUUUAACUCCAAGGGAGCAUCACUCUCAACACAAAGUUCUGACAUGUUCAUCGCUGGAUGUUACCCCAACUUAUCACAUUAAUACAGUAACAGGCUGCUAAACCAAGUAAUAACCUAAUUUUUGAACAUUGUUUCCUACUUGACAAACGGAUUAUUGCCCUUAACUUUUGUACCAGUGAAAGCUUAUUAGAAGAGAAAGAUGUUUAAAUGGAAUUAUUGCAGAGGAAGAAGGAAAAAAAAAGUCUCAUUUAUGUCAGCUAAUGACGUCAGCACAAAUUACUUUUUUUUCUUUUCAAAACCAAAAUUCCAACAUAAAAAGACAAAAAAAGCUUAUAAAGGUUGCCAUCCUUAUUCACCUUUGACCUGUGAGUAGAGAUGUGUUUACACAUAUGAGGGCUAUGCCUGCUUUCGGAAACUGGUUAGAUGUCAUGCAGUAUUAUCCCAAAAAAAAAAGAAAGGAAAAAAAGAACAUAUAGGCAUUUUCAUGAAAUGAAAUAAGUGCUAUAUUUGUUGUGCAAUAUGCAUUGCAUCAAAAUCAAUUAUUAUGAUGACCUUUUGCCCAGAGGCAUUCAAAAAUGAGUAUUGUACUUUUUCUUUUUUCUUUUAGUUGAAACUGUUGCCAUGCAGAUAGAUAUAUUAUAGACUACCUUCAGUGUCCUGUUGUAAAUGCAAUGUGUUUAAUCUUUAAGGUACUAAAUGUGUAUUUGAUAGAGGAAAUGCAGUGACAUCAUGUAGCAAAAAUGGCCUCAAUCGCAGAUUAUUUACCGAGACAAACAGCCUGCACAAACUGUUGUUAAAGUUAGGAGGAGCGUUUUUUUUGGCUAGUGCGUCCCAAACGGCAACGUUUUGUGACCUUAUUUAGUCGUAAAUGGUGCCAAGGAGAGCUUUGGCUGCAUGUUAACCUGCACUAUGGUAGAUGACCUACAACUAUCAGCCCUUCUUGGAGUACAUUUACCUGCCUAUAAUCUGCAGAUCUCGAGUUCGAGCUCUGAUUUGAUGUCCAUCCGAAGGGUAUUUAGAGUAAAAAAAAAAAAAAGAGGGAAAAAAAGCUUUAUUAGCAAAUAUUGUACAAACGGCGUUCAAAUAUCGGCGCCAAAUGCCCCUGAGAGUAUCGCCGUAUAUAUAUAUAUAUUUUUUUUUUCCUUUCCUCGAUGCUAAAUUGAAGAGGGCUCACUUCACCCGUGCGUGGAGCAAAGACGUGCAGCGGGAUAGUUUGGGGUGCGUGCGGCUCUGUUUGGGAUUUAAAGGAUGGGAUUCCGUUUUUUGGCCUAAUUGGAACUACUCGGGCUGCCGAAUGGAAAACCACUGGCCUCUUCUACGUCCAGUUCGGUCGCAUCUCAUAGAUGCGUGAAAACAGUUUUAUAAACUCCAGAGAAACUGACAACAAUCAGAUGACGUCAGCUUUACCUCAGCAUUAAAGUCAAAGCUAGCUCCCGUGUUUGGAAUCGACUGGAAACCAGCAAACUAGACUGUCCUCGACCACUUCUUCUGUCUGGUUUAGCCCAAGCGACCCCUGAUUAGGAGCGUCCUCUUCAGCAUAUAAACAACCUGGUGCCUUACACACUCUGCAUGCUUACACGCUGGCCCGGUGCUUUGGAUCGCUUUUUUUUUUGUUUUGUCUGAUUGAUCAUUUUUGCUUCCAUUUUUCGCCCCUCUUCCCCCCUCGCGUGCUAGUGCACGAUUCGUGGUGCUAAAAUGUUUUUGGUUUUUUUUUUUGUGUUAAAAAACAAACAACUUUUUAAAAAUCAAACCCUUAAAAGUAAAACGAGAGCAGAACUCUCUGCUGUCUUCCUUCCUUCUCCCAAACUACCAACCCCGUCCCCCCUCCCCAACGCCCGCACGCCAGCCAGCCAGCCAUCCAGGUAUCGGCCUACAUGUAAACAUGGAAGGGGUGGUCACCUAGAUGCACGACGAUGCAGAGGAGUUGACCCUUCACUAGUCGAGUGGUUCAGCAGGGAGGGAAGGGGCUGAACAUCAGCGUUGACCUUGAAGGAUUUGUCGGUAGGACCCCUCCCCUUCUGGAUUGCUUCUCCCCCCCACCUUAAGCAGUCAGGUGGAAUGUUAAACUAACGGGGAGUAGCAGGCAUGUCUUCAUUUAUUUUGAUGUAGUUCCAGCAUUAUUCCACCUGUAUUAUUAUUUUUGAAUGUUUUUGCCCACAGAAUAAAAAAAAGAGAAAGAUAAUCUAUUUUUUCUGUGCAACAUUUCAUCACUUUGUGCAAUAUCGUAUGUGCCAAUGGUGGCAAUAUAUGUAUAUCAAUUAAAAUAUGAGUACUAUUUAAAAGCAUGUGGCUGAUUUCCAUGUUUUUUUUUUGCUUUGUUUUCUCAUGAAGGACUUGUUUGCCUUUAAUUGCACUCGAGGCUCUAACCUGAAGGAAAUUCUAGCCAACCGAGGUCUUAGCAGCCUGUUGGGUCGAGCAGUUCACCGAUAACUUGAAACAGCAUCGUCACUGCAAGUGUGCCCCCUCUCUCAAAGACAAAGGGGGCGCCAAAUGGUUUAUUGAAGGUAGACUGGAAACAUACAAUGGAGUUUUUGUAAAAAAAAUAAAAAUAAUAAAUCCAAAAAAAAGGAAAACCCUCCAUUUUUAGCUUUAAGCUAAGAAAAGGUGCUUCAGUCCAAUCCUCAUUAAGAUGUAUGGUGAACUGUCUUCAGUCGUUGUUUGUAGCACUUUUCUUUCCCAGGUUAAUGAAAGGCCUGACCAAUACUAUAUGAAAAAAAAAAGAUCUUGAAGAAUGUCAUUUCCAUUUUUAUGUUGCUUUUUUUUCUGAACAGGAUGUUUAAUUUGCUCAUAUGGUUUGAUGCAUUUAAUAUAAUUUAUGUACAAUUGACAAAUUUUAAAAUAAAAUUAAUUUACCCAGUGAGGGAAACUAUA